GUUUACCAUGCUCGGCUCAAACGAAAACAAAAUUAGGAUAGAACUUGUUCUUUCUGUUUCGUUUUCUCUGUAACAAUGGCGAAUCCAUGCCCUAACAAUAGUCUUGUUGGCUCCAUGGACGAAAUAAGAGGAAUUUUCAACAAAUUUGACAAAAACGGCGACGGAAAGAUCUCGUCGGAGGAGGUUAUCCAAAGUCUCGGCGAGCUCGGCACGAAAAUAUCACCGGAGGAGGUUCAGUGCAUGAUGCAGGAGUUCGACAAGGACGGCGAUGGCUACAUUGAUCUAGACGAGUUCGUCGAUUUCAUCCAGCGUGGCGGAACUGAUGGAACAACGCAGUCCGGCGGGAAUAAGGAGCUUAAAGAUGCCUUUGAUCUGUACGAUAUUGAUAAGAAUGGAUUGAUAUCGGCCAGCGAAUUGCAUAAGGUUAUGAAAAUGCUUGGGCUUAGAUCCACUUUGAAUGAUUGUAUGAAGAUGAUUCGCCAAGUUGAUGAAGAUGGCGAUGGCAACGUCAAUUUCGAGGAGUUUAAGAAGAUGAUGACUAACGGAAGUUUUUGAUUAGCAAUCCUUAACUUCGCAAAGAAAAAAACGAAAAAGGAUUUCAUGUGCAGGUAAGUUUUUAGCUAGUCUGACUCUUUUCGGGUCGUUUAAUUGUAGUUUUCAAUUUUGUUUCUGCCGUUUGGUUUAAUUUCAAUUUAACGGCAGAAACAUUAGUGCAUCAAGUAGGAGUAGCAAAGUUAAUUUCUAUAACUAUUAACUCCAGGAUUUCAAGUAUCUCGCAUGAAAUUAUGAUAUAUGCUUAAUUGCAGUGCAUUGAUUAAGUCAAGCUCGAUUUGCUAUUGCUUUGAUUUUAA